ACCAAAUUAUCACAGAAGGUUUCCUUUAGAUUGGUAACUAAGAGAAGAGAAGGACGGCGAAGGAAACAAUCACAAUGGCGGCGGAUAUGCCGGAGGCCACAGUACAGAACAUUCUCGACCAAGAUUCUCUUAAAUGGGUUUUCGUCGGAGGCAAAGGAGGUGUGGGGAAGACGACAUGCAGUUCAAUUCUCGCAAUUUGUCUCGCCAGUGUUCGAUCCUCCGUCCUCAUCAUCUCCACCGACCCUGCUCACAAUCUUAGUGAUGCGUUUCAGCAACGCUUCACUAAAUCGCCCACUUUGGUUCAAGGUUUCUCUAAUCUCUUUGCCAUGGAGGUAGAUCCUACCGUUGAAACUGAUGACUUGGCUGGUCCAGAAGGGAUGGAUGGCUUAUUUUCUGAUCUGGCUAAUGCGAUUCCUGGAAUCGAUGAGGCCAUGAGUUUUGCUGAGAUGUUGAAGUUGGUGCAAACAAUGGAUUAUGCAACUAUUGUGUUUGACACAGCUCCAACUGGACAUACUCUCCGCCUGUUACAGUUUCCAGCCACACUAGAAAAGGGACUUUCAAAGUUGAUGUCAUUAAAGAGUAGAUUUGGUGGCUUGAUGACUCAGAUGAGCCGUAUGUUUGGCAUAGAGGAUGAGUUUGGAGAGGAUGCUCUGUUGGGAAGACUUGAGGGUUUGAAAGAAGUGAUUGAGCAAGUAAAUCGGCAAUUCAAAGACCCGGAUAUGACAACGUUUGUUUGUGUCUGCAUCCCCGAGUUUUUGUCUCUCUAUGAAACAGAGAGACUUGUUCAGGAACUUGCCAAGUUUGAGAUUGACACGCAUAACAUUAUCAUCAACCAAGUACUAUAUGACGACGAAGAUGUGGAAUCCAAGUUGCUCAGAGCAAGGAUGCGGAUGCAACAGAAGUAUCUUGAUCAAUUUUAUAUGCUAUACGAUGACUUCAAUAUCACAAAACUUCCUCUGCUUCCGGAAGAGGUGACAGGGGUUGAAGCCUUAAAGGCGUUUUCACAUAAGUUCUUGACGCCUUACCAUCCGACGACUAGCAGAAGCAAUGUAGAAGAGCUGGAGCGGAAAGUACACACAUUGCGUUUGCAGUUGAAAACAGCUGAAGAAGAACUUGAACGGACCAAGAGUGGCUAAAGAAGAGGCUUUGUUCUUCCCUUUAAUUGUAAGUUUCUUUCCUCACGAGAUUCUCGGGGAACUGACUUGCUUUCUACAUGGGCUGUCUUCUAAAUCUGGAUCUCUGGGUUUUCAUUUGGGUUUCUUGUUGAUUAUGUUUUGAACAAUUUAUAGGUGGAAAAAUUAGAACUGAAUCUUUUUCUCUUUUUAUGAUUAUUUUCAUCUGGCAACGACUCUUUGUAGGGAACAGAAACAUCUUUUACGUUUUGCUUUAUUCGUUA